GCUCUAUCCCCGUGUUGAGUCACGUGUCACUCUCUCAAUGGCAGCUGAUGAGAGCGCAGAAAUCGUAAAUGUAAUUAAUUUGCACGCAUCGGCACUCCUCGAAUUAAGCAAGACCCACGGCACAGCCUAUCAGACAUGGCUACGCUCACUAGACCAGGAGCACCGGUCGGAAUUCAAGAAACAAUGGACACAGCUCGUAAACGCACUAGACCGCCGGAAAGGCACACGGCGACGUAAGCAGGUUGAGUCCUUCCUCAGCCGACGCAACAGGAUUCCGAAGACACCGACUCAUCAAGAAAGUAGCUCCAAAGUUUCGGCGUGGGAAAAACGUGAGGACCUGUUUGUACUGUGUACGAACAUCACCAUCGAAGAGCUAGUCAGCCUGAACCGCCUAGAAGAACCAGCUUCGUUCUUCAAGGCUACGGAGCAUCUGCUUGGCCAGUACGACUUUGCAGAGGCUUAUCGAAGGUCACUUGGACGGGAGACUCGACGAGUGCGCGAUCGCAUCCUCGAGCGGUUCGAAUGCCUUGUCUUUUAUCUCAAUAUAGUACUCGGUGGCUUCCAUAGCGGCACAGGAUGGCUGCAUGGAGGUCACAAUCGAUUGCUGGAAGUACAGAACCCACCGGACGAUCUUGUCAAGGCUAAGAAACGGAAUGAGCGAAUGGCUGAACGCGGGCUGAGCUAUUACUGCUGGGGUGUCUUUUUGGGAGACUUGCGGAAUCUAAUUCGGCUUCGGGCUGAUGAAGAUGUGCCCGAAUCACUGUACGGCGAUCGGCAUCAUCGUCCCCGAAUACCUUACUAUGCAAACCAACUCUUCGAAGCCGGCCUUUGUGAGGAUGCGACACUUGUUCAGACAUGUGCCGAUAGCAUCAUCCAGACGUGGCCUGUAAUACCGAAGACAGUCACGUUGCAAGUCGCCACAGCGCUGAUGCAAGGCAAACAUUGGGACUUGCUUUCGUCCGAAGCGAAAAGGAAGACAGAAGAAAGGAUUAGCCUCAUUAUGGAAGCUUUCUUCCCUAAUCUCACUAUCAACUCAUCGCACAGCUCCACUGGCAUGCCACCAGACCGGGCUGGCGACACAAGCCCUGCGGAAUCACCGUCUGAGCGAGGCCCAAUCGGCAUUUCUUCUCAACCCCUUGAAGAAGAGAGACCCUCAGCAGACUCAAUUGGUGACAAAAGCCAUAUGCAGUCGGACCCAAGUGUACUAGAAUCGGAAAUGGCUUGGUACCCAGCUCCAGACCUCAUGUAUGGCACCAUGUUUACUAGUUUCGUGGAGCCAAUCUACGACAGCGCUUUCUCGAAUGGUGGAUGGCCAGAUAGUACUGCAGGACGUUAUAGUGCCGAUGGAACUGUGUAGCAAAUUAUUCGAAUCUCAGAGCCCUUGCACCUGCCCGCACUCCCAGCUAGUCUCGACUAGAGAGCCGUAUUUUACCUUUUCAAUAUCCCUUAUCUCUGCCUUAAUUUUGCUUGCCAAAUUGUUUCCGAACAGGCUGGAUGAUUAUGAAAGCUCUACCUUGCGUGAGACUUAAGCCUCUCAUUGACUAGCGCAGUGCGUUGUAUCACUCUGCACAACAACUUCAAGCACUGUUUUUACUUCUCAAAGGUGAUUCAGGGCAGGGAGCACGGCAGUGGAUAUAGCGGG